UCGAACUUCUAGAAAACGAAUCGAGAAGAAGACAGAAAUUAAAGCAAGAGAAAUUCUUGGAAAACAGGUGGAGACGAGCCAUUGAUUCCCCUUUGAUCCCGCACAAAGACAUUGGUUACAACGUGUUCACGGUGGAACAAAAUUACGACAGCUUGGAGGAAAUUCCAAUCAAAAACAGUAACUUAGUUUCGUGUUCCUGUAUGAAGAAUAAAAGGAGAGAAGAAGAUAUAAAAAGAAAUAAUUGGGUAAUGUCUGGCGAAAGAAUUACUUCCAAACAGAAAGAGUGAAACAACAAAAUAUCUCGUGUGUCAGGCAAACAGAGAUAGAACAGCUGUAAAAUAUAUGGGUCAAGUGACUGUACCUAAAGAGCUUUCCAUCACUUUGAACCAAUUAAGAAGUUACUUAACGAAAGAAGAAUCAUUGAGUGUACUUGUUGACAAAAGGUAUUGCUUCCUCUCAGAAGAUUUCAGAGAUCUUUCUUUACACGAAAAUACUUCUAGAGUAGAUGAAGUGUAUCCGUCACGCAGCAUAAUUAUUCGUCCUUUACCCGGAAAGAAGUGUUACAACAUUCAUUGCGAAGAAGAAGCUAGAUAUAAAUGUCAAGAUUGCGGACGUGUUUCUUAUUGCAGCAUUAGGUGCAUGCGAAACGAUCAACCAGUCCAUAAAAAACAUUGCACAAAACCACCUUGGCGUAUAUGAUAAUGGGAAUUGUGUUUUGAAUAAUAAUUUAACAAGGAAAACAUACGAGAAGAGGAUAAAUUAUAGUUUUCACAAGGUGAAAAGUGUAUUUUCCUUAUGCAGCUUCAAGAGCCGCUAUCCAAAUGGAGAUGAUGAAGAAUAAACUCUGACACGAACAAUGCUCAAUGGAUGUCAAUGAUGCUAUGUAAUUUUAUUCAGUGGAAAGAAAACUGUAUAUAUAUAUAUAUAUAUAUAAUCUCCUAUAUCUUUUUUUUUCAAUUUUGAAGAGGAUGAAGCUUUAUUUGUUUGUGGUAAAGUGAAAUGUUAAGAAGUUUCGCUUCAGGAUUAAAGGAGGAAAAAAUAAAUUCGAUAUCAAUGUUUACGGACUUAAGUAAAAUGUUCUCGAUAUCUUAAAUCGAAUUUUCGAAUUUAAAUUUUAAUAUUUUGUAUUACAAAAGUAUUAGGAAAAAAAAGGAAGAA